GACUGCCACUAAUUGUCGUGCAGAGACGUUGUUGUGGGCUUUGACAACAUCUACCUAAAGACAGAGGCGAGGAAAUAAAGACAUAGAAAAUGGCGAACACCACUCUGGGACCUCAAAAUCUGACCAACAUUGAAAGAAAUCACUCCACAGAGUUGACGGGUUUAUCAAACACAGAAAUCUUCAGCAUAAGCAUAUAUUUUGUCGUCCUAGUCAUGGGUGUGAUCGGAAACAGCCUUGUCAUCUUUGUGACCGGCUACAAAAUGGAGACAACAGUCAACUCCAUUUGGUUUCUCAACUUGGCGAUUGCAGACUUCAUUUUCAUUUUGUUCUUGAUUCUCUAUAUUAUUGUUACAUUUUACAAGUUGGUCUGGCCCUUUGGCGACGUCAUGUGCAAAAUCACAUCCUUGGUCUCGAUACUAAAUAUGUUUGCGAGCAUUUUUCUGCUGACAGCCAUCAGUCUGGAUCGAUGUCUGUGCACAUGGGUGAUCGUGUGGGCUCAGAAUAAACGGACUCUAGUCAAAGCCAGAAUCAUCUGUGUGUUUGUGUGGCUUUUAUCCAUCUGCUGCAGCAUCCCUUUCGUCAUCAAUCGCUCUGUAAAGAAACAAGAUGGAGUGGAACACUGCUCAUAUUCAAGCCACAUCAAUGUUAUUAUGUCUCUGUUCAUUUACAGGUUUAUGGUGGGCUUUGUAGUCCCCUUCUUUAUCAUUGCAUCUUCAUACAUGGCUAUUGGUGUGCGAGCCAAACGCCUCAAAAGAGGAAAGCAGCUUCGGCCUUUUCGGGUCAUUAUACCUGUGAUUUUGGCCUUUUUCAUAUGCUGGCUUCCUUUUCAUGUUCAACAGUUGUGUCACACUAGUGCACUUAAAAAUCAUUGGAGUGUCAGUGUUCAAGAAGGAGUUGAGGCUGCAGGACCUUUUGUAGCCUGUCUGGCUUAUCUGAACAGCUCUCUGAACCCCAUUCUCUAUGUGUUCAUGUGUGACGAGUUCAAGAAGAAACUUAAAAAGUCUCUGCUGCUGGUGCUCGAGGGGGCUUUUACUGAGGAUCAUGUGAGUUUCAGAUCAACACGCUUUUCUCGCCUCUCAGGGUCACUACAAGGUAGUAAGCAGACACACGACACAACCCUAUGAUCUUCUGGUAGUGGGCAGGAGAACAACACAAGUGUCUAUGACUGGAGAUAUAAACUUGUAAAAAUAGAUAUAAAGGUUUCACAAACACUGGGUCAGAUGGCACUUCCUGUAAGCUUUUACUAGCGUGGACCGGUGUCUGUCGACAAGGGUUAUGGUUUGGGUCUGGACCAAACGAACACUUUUCAAAGCAAAACUGGGCUGCUUUCUUAUGUGCUUGUGUAACGAUGUAAAGAAUGCAAAAUGUUUUAUUGUCAUGUAAAUCCUGCAUGAAUGAGGUUGCGCUGUGUCCGCUGCUCUGGGGGCGCUAUAGCCCAGCAAGUGCAAAGUGAAUCUGCAGUAAUGGAAAAAUGCUGCAGGUGGAGCAACAAUGUUCAAACUUACCCAAACGUCUUCCUUAAAUGCUCUGUGGGCAGGUCAUCUUUAAUAAAAUAUCACAUGAUCUCA